AUUAAUAAACGGAAGUUACUGGAGAUCCGUUUUUCGUUAGGACAAUAAGCCUUUAAAUUAUGUAGUAAAUAAUGGUCCACACACAAAUUCUUCAAGUUGCGAUAUUUUUAUCCAUGCUUAAGCACAUUGUGCUCAGAGAAUUGAAGUGUGGAAAACCAGGUCAUUCUCCUAUUUGUCCAUACUUUCCAACACAGGAGUCCUAUUACGAAGGUGACAAAGUUAUUUACUAUUGUAGAGAAAGAAAUAGAUGCUAUUCUAACGAUAACCAAACUAGAACAUGCCUUCAAACUGGUACUUGGUCUGGAAAGGUUCCUUUAUGUUAUGUUGCAAUGACAAUUAAAGAUAUUUUGCUCACCCCACCUAUAUCUGGAUCAAAUUUUAACUUUUUAAUUGACUCUAAUAGAACUACCUGUAUUCAAAGCAAUUCUACAACUAUAGCUGUUUGGGAAAUUCUCAUUGAAAAGAUUUCACCUAUAAAAAUGAUAAAAGUGGAUUUAUUAACUGAUUCACCCUUGAAUGUUGAUAUUUUGGUAAUUGGAAAGAAUAAAACAUCUUUAUGUGGAAGAGCUGAGAGUUAUUUAGGCUCUGGAUCUUCCUUAAUUGUGGUGUGUCCAUCAGGAUUAGAAGGAAAUUCUAUUCGAAUGACACAAAGAUCUUAUCCAGAGAUGAUUUUUAAACUUUGUGAAAUUAGUGUGUUUUCUUCAUAUGGAGUUGCAGCGUGCUUAAAAGCAGAUACUCCUUUGAAUGCUCGUGGACAGAAACAAGUUGGAACAGAGUCAACAAUGUAUGUCUUUACUUGCAAUCAAGGAUAUGAAUUGAUGGGCGAAAAGUCAGUUCACUGUCAAUCGAAUGGAAGUUGGAGCUCAACCUCUGCAGUUUGCAUAAAAAAAAAUAUAUGUGAAAGUUUGCCGCAUGUUGCCAAUGGGAUUGUAUAUAGAACAUCUAUCAAUAGUUCAGCAUUGUUAGUUUGCAAUGAAGGCUUCAAACCUUUAACAGAUGAUAAGAUAUAUUGUCUACCUACAGGAAAGUGGUCUUCUAACAGUCUCCAUUGUAUUCCAAUAGAAUGUAAGAGAAAUCCUAUUAUUCCAUUUGGAAGAGGACACCUUAUUGAUGGAAAUUCAGUUUAUGGAUCCAGACUUCAAAUUAAAUGCGACCUUGGUUAUGCUGCAAUUGAAUCAGAUCUACGGCAAUGUCAACAGGAUGCUUCUUGGGGAAACUUAGAUAUAUGUCUUGAAUUGAAUUGUGGCAAACCAUUAAAUGAAAAUUGUGGACAAUGGAUACCUUUGAAUAUUUCUUUUAUUUUUGUUCUCAUUUGUGAUAGUGGAUGUCAUAUUGAAGGUUCUCCUCCAGUUAUUCAAUGUCUUCCUAAUGGAACAUGGACUCAUACCUUUGCAGUCUGUCGUAACAUGAAUAGAAGUGACUUGAAAAUGUGGACAUUGAAUUCUAUGUUAUUAACAACAGUUGGAGUUGGAACAACAAUUCUUUUUCUUGUCCUGUGCGUCUUGUUAUUGAAAAAGAGGCUCUAUUUAAAGUCAACAGUAUUCCAGUCAAAUGAUGCAAUGGAAUUAAGUUCAAUGGAUCCAGUUUACGCACAACCAUUCGAAAAUAAGAAGACUGAAGAUUUUUAUUCAACUCACAUAUAUGCAGAACCAAUUGAUUCUUCUCUUCCAAAUCAAAAAAAAAUGUUUCGAGAUCAAAUGAUUGACAAUCAGAUAUAUCAUUUCUAGAUCAAUAAAUUAUAACUUUUUGUGGUCUUUCAUAAAAUAGUUUUUCUCUCGUUUUGUUAA